AUGCGAUCUGUGUCAGUGCGAGGCUGGCGGCACAGCCUCCGCGCGUACGCUCCUCACUUGUCAUUAGUAAACGCUUGUAUGAGACAAUGUGCUCAUGUGCUAGUUGACAUCAUUACCAUCGCGGAGGAGUGGCCGCCUGCCUUAGCGCGGCUCACCGUGACCAUGUUCAUGUAUUAUUUUUAUUUUUGUUUAGUUGUCAGUUUGAGUUGUAUUGAGUUGUUGAGACGGAAGGCGCGAUGUGCAGGCCAGCGAGCUAGCGCGCCGCCCCUGCCGCCUCACGAGUUUGGCACUCCUUUGGCGAGCUAUAGUGACAUCAUUAUUGUGUUGUAG